AUGGACGAGCCCAACAAAAGCAGGCUUGAGCGCCUACGAACCAACAAUAUCCCCAGAUACCUCUUCCGCAUCUGGUCACCGGCAUCCGGAGGUGGUGAAGCCGGCCUCAAUAGCAUCGACCAAGUUUGCUCGCACGCCUUCAACCGCGGCCUGGGCCACCAGAACAUCUACGAUAUGACCUUCGAAGAGUUAGUCCAGAUGGCACGCUUCCACUAUCGAGGCAUAGAAGCCUUCGACCGGUUGGGCUCUCCAGUUCCUCCAACCGAGUUCAGUUCCUGGGCUGCAUCGCUUAAAGCGGCGUUUGCAUACGUGCGGCUUACCAGAGACACUUACUUGGCCAUGAUAGAUACGAAGGUAUUAGGGGAUGGGGUAAAGGUGUGGCACGUUCCUCACUUACUAGAAGAUCUUGCGGAAGCUGGAGACCAUGAGUACCUCGCGCAUGGAAUCAUUCGAGGGGCGGGCUAUAAAGCCGUGGCUCUUGAUCGCCUGAACGAGGCGGGUCUCCGGUCGCUGACGGAGUGCAGCGGGAGCCCAGAGGAGAUUCUCGCAGGAUGUAAGCGAGUAGCAGGGUUAUUUGGUGAUGCGGUUGCUAUGCCACUGGCUCUGGCUCUUCUAACGCAUAUCCCGCGUCGUUGGUAUCAGUACGCAGAGCCAUCUAGAGAGGACCUGGAUGUGAUAUUGGAGGGGUUGAAGCCGCUUGAGAUUCUGGAAGACUGGGCGGAUACUAAUUCUAUUGUGGCUGAGGAUGGUGUUAAUCCGGGAGCGUAUGAGGACGUUGAGAGACUUACCAUUCUUAUGCGGGUGCUUACGGAGUAUAGGUAUGGAAAGAAGGGGGAUGAGGGCGAAGGAUCAGCCAUGAAAUUUGAGAAACUAGAGUUACUGGAUGGGAGGUAA